AUGCAUUAUUUGGAGGACAAUUUGGAAUGUAAGUUUGUUUUUAAUGUUUAUUAUAAUAAAAUCAUUGACUUUAUGUGAAAUUAAAGACUAAACCUUUUCAGUAGCUGAUGGCACAUCGGUGGUGUUUAAAGAGAAAUGUAGCGAACUUCUUGAAAUUGACAGAGAAGCCGAGAAAUUGGCCAAGUUCGUUCAAUCUAAAAAGAGCAGAAUCUACGAAAACUUUCAAAAAAUGUCAUCUCAGGAGAAGUCGACAGCUAAAACCGAGAUCAAACUGGGGUUGUUGAAGGUUCAGGAGCUCCGAGAGAAGAAGUACGAGUUGUCAUGCGAGUUGGAGGCGUUUAUGGGACGGGUUAACAACAAGGUGAAGAAGGAUGUCCAUGACUUCAGGUACGAGCUGGAACUCGAGAACCCCGAAUGUACAUAUGAAUACGAAAAAAGUAUGUUUUUGAUCAUUUCAAAUAGUUUAUUAUAGUUACGUUUCACUGUUUUAAUUUAAGUUUAUCGAACGUUGUGUAGUCUCUAAAUAUUAAAUAAAACGAUAUUUAAAUUUUUUGUUUUUUUAGGGUUUACUGAAGAGUUUGGCAACAAGAAAAAUGCUUUGAUUUCGAAGAAGGAUCCAGAAAUAAUGGCCAGAAGCAGAACCAACACCAAGAGCAAUAUAUUGUCGGAGAUCUGGUCGGUUGGCAGAGGCAGUAGUAGAAGUCGCAGUGGAUCUAUAGCUGGAGGAGCGCUACACAGAAGACUUACAGUCAACACCCAGACACAAUUGUUAUUGGGAAGGAAACGAGGUAACUUCAUGUUUUACAUUAAAUGCUAUAUAUUUGUAUUUUUUUAAAUUGUAACAUUUGGUUUUAGAUCGUGCAUCAUCCAGAGGCUCGUCAGUACAUUCUCCCACACCUUCCACUUCCAGGUCAACUCCAAGACCUUCUCCAGUACCAAUAUCUCCUGCGAUUAGGGUAAGUCUUGUUAUACUUUCCGCUUUCCUUUCUUUUAAUAUUGUAUUUUGACGUAGUUGUUGUAUCAAAAGUUUUAGAAGUAUCCUCGUCAAUCGUUCUCGUGUUACGAUACUCCAGAAACCUCAGCAUCUCCUCAAGCUGAGUUUGACCCCAACUCGACCAGUAUGCCUGCCUUUGCUGGUGUUCAUGAGAGUAGACAUGGUAGGCCGAGGAAGUUAACUACCAGAGUGAAACAGAUGCUGGAGCAGAGAGUCAGAGGAGCUCAACAAGUAUCUUCACCGCUGAUAAGUCAAGGUUGUACGGCAGCCACGAUAAACAGCAUUCCUCGACCAUCGUCACACAACUCACGGCGGGAUUCUGUAGCCAGUUCAUCGUACAAAUUCAAAACACACAUGGGACACGAGACAGACAACAGUAACGAUGGGAUGGAUGAUGACUAUGAUACGGAGGAGGAGGAGGAAGUGCCUCCAGAAGACGAGGACGAAGCCGACGAUGCUGAUGAAUCCAUCUGGUGCAUUUGCAAGACCAAGGCCUACGGAAAUAUGGUAGCUUGUGACAACCCACAGGUAUGUCUUUAGUUUAUGUAUAGCAGCUUCGUAUAAGUAGUUUGGCCAACGAUAUAAUUAAGAGGAUUAAUCUUUCACAGAAAGGGCACUUUGAGGACUGUUUAACAAUAUCAGUAAUAUCUUUAAUCUAAAUCCUAUUCCAGUGUCGCUUGGAAUGGUUCCACUACGAAUGCGUCGGAAUGGUGGUACCACCCACAGGGAAAUGGUACUGCGCAGAGUGCACACAAUUGGGAUUCCAGCCGUCGCCCACCAAACAUUAA